AUGCACCGGCUGCUGAAGCAGAACCCAGGUGAUAAGGCAGCGGCAGGCAUCGGGCGACCACGGGGAGAAGAGGCUAGGGCUCAGGUGGAAGGAGUCCAUUUUGCCCAGCCCCCUGGUCUCAUGCAGCUGUUCAGCAUCCCCAUGCAAAUUAAACUCCAGGGUGGCUGGAGACGCCAGGGGAGAGCAGAACAGAGAGAGGGAGAGAAGAGGCGUAGGGCCACUUUUGUGGAGCUGUAUGAGGACAGAGGAGAGGUGGGCGAGGGAGACGCCUGCAGGGAGGCCCUCACUGUUCUGAACGGACUGGGCCCUGGGCCAGAAAGCCAUGUGGUGGAUGUGCUGCCUUCUCAACAGCUGGAUAUGAAAGAACAACCAGUUCUUUAUGAGCUUACUGAAAUAUCUCCUUCCCUCUUCCCACAAAGGACAGCCUUUUCUACCUUGGGGAGGAAGAGAAACAUAGACUACAAUGACAGAGAACCGCCAGAUGUGCACAGGAAGCUGCCAUCCAGUGCUGCAGAGGACUGAGCCAUGCUGCUAGGGUUUGCAAUGAUAGGCUUCUCUGUCCUAAUGUUCUUCUUGCUUGGAAUAACCAUCCUAAAGCCCUUCAUGCUCAGUACAACACGUAUUGAGCUUCUACUGUGUGAGAGGCAUUGUGAUUUAUGCUUUGAGGAACCACUCAAGGGAGAAGAAUCUAACUGCACUAUCAUCCACACGCACAUCUUGGACGACUGGAUGGACUCUUUCACCUGUGGUGUGGACUGCCAAUGUCAGGGCAAGUACCCGUGUCUGCAGGUGUUUGUGAAGCUCACCCAUUCAGGUCAGAAAGUGCUCCUACAUUAUAAUGAAGAGGCUGUCCAGAUAAAUUCCAAGCGUGACGUUACAGACUGCAAAGUUAAAGUAAAGCAGACAUUGACAGUUUCUGAUGAGCAUAAACAGUAAGUGCAGUCACAGGCCAAACUUCUUGCCAGGAACAGCAAGACUGGGGAGAGGUCUUAAAUUUAGUGACACUGUAUUAUUCUAUAUUCUCAGUACAAUAACACAUGCACUUGCUGUGUCAAAUACUUUUUGGGCCAUCAUUAAAAGAACAUUUAAAAACAUUUUCCUCCUAACUAAUGCAGUAUACCAU